AUGCAGAGAUUAUGCCGUGGACCUGGGAGGCCCUCCGCGACGCCUUUGGGUGCUGCUAAGUUGGAACGGCUCGUAAGGAGUGACCGGGCAGGGCCCACGCCGAUUCGAGAUGUCCUCCAAUGCUUCACUGGUCUCACUACUGCACAGAAGAGGGCCAUACCGAUACAGGUCAUGGAGGAGGCCUUCGAACUCCUUAGGGCUCGGCGAAAUCUGAGUGCUUUGGACAUGUCGGGUGCUAUGGUUUCUUUCGGAGUUUAUUCUGAUGGGUUUUUGGAGGAGUUAUUGCGCUGGCAAAUCGAGCAAGGCACGACUGUCUACCAGCAGUUCCCCCCGUUGCUGUCACAGUCCAUGUGGGUGAUAAAGGGAAAACUCCAUCGCGGAGUUGUUGAGGAAUACGUGGACUUUGCAGCGGCGGUCUUGGUACGUUCGGAGGGAGGUGAAGGUGUUUUAUCCGAAGUUAAGACGAGCGAAAUGUACAACUUGUUGGAGGUCUUUGGUUCCAAUAGCGAUAGGAAAACUUGGCAAGAAGCGUUCGGAAAGGUUAGUAGUUUCGUGGCGCGUGACGGGUAUGUUUCCCGCCUAGCUUUGAGGGACUUGGCCAUGAUAAUGGCCGCCUUUGUUCGCUCGAGAGGCUCUAUAGAGGUCUCAGAACUAGCCCACGUCAUGCCCAGUUUGACCCGUCGAGCGUCCACGUUGUUGGCUCCUGCAUCAUGCAGUGCUCGAUUGCGUCCCGACUGGGCAGCCCUGAUCGCCAACUCUAUUGCCAAGGCACUGUUGAGUCCAGAGAAUGUUGAGGUCCAGUUCACCAUGUCUAAGCUGUUGUCAGAGAUUGUGAAGGAUGGUAAAGAGCCAGACAACAUAGCCAAGGUCUACCUUGCUGCUGCUAAACUUGACCUCUUGCCGGCGACCUCACCGUCCCAUUGGCUCGGUUCGAAUCGGGAUAUCUCGACUCCGGCGCUCACUAUGGCGAUACUCACGGCUGCUCUGGCGAGAUCUGCUCAUCUGUUUCGGAUCGCUGUGGGGAUAUUGGCGAGGACGGAAUUUUCCAAGGACAUCAGUGAGGCAUGCAAAUAUCAGAUUAUCACCGGUCUUCUCGGGAUGUGGCCUAUGGAGGAGUCUACCUUGGUGACGCUGAGAGCGAUCGAUCGAGUGUUGGAGGUGAUCGAGUUACCAGCGCUUGAAACUUCGUCAUCGUCUUUUGCUCGAUUGGCCUCCACUGGAGACCACGUCAGCUGCGUGGAGGCCCUGAGGAGGAUCCUUGAUAACGGCAGCGUCCCGUCUUCACAUCAUAUUGUUACUGAGGCGUUCGCUCUGCCGUAUUGGAUUGACGUAGUGAUGGUUCCUAUUCAGAAGCCUAUACAAGAGGCGGUGUCGUCCUCACGGAAGAAUAUGAAUUAUGAGCAUGCAAGCAGCAAGUUUAUCAAAGUAUCAGAGUUUCAGAAUUCCUCCACAACCUCUGAGGAUGGCAGCUCUGACGGGUCGGAGUAUGCUGAUGUCGACUGGGCUUCGCCAUCUGAUGAUGACGCGCCCGCCGGGGCUCUUUUACCCCCUGAGCGGCAACAGCAGGAGCAGGAGGUGGGACGCCCACGAAAGAGGAGGAAGGUUAUAAGACAAGUUUCCCGGAAGGAAGUGAUGGUGUGGUUCAACUCUUUGGAGAAUCUUGCUCGACUGUGUUUCGAAUGCGAGUCUAUUAAGAGGGCAGCUGAAGAACGGAUGUCUGAUUCGGGCGUGACGCGGGCUGACCUGUCCAUGAUGGUUCCCUGGCCUCCUUACUGGUUGGCAUCUGACCCUUCUGGGCUUGACCUUACACUCGAUCCCUUGCCCAGUGCCGAUUCAAUAAGGGACGAGCUGUCGCUCAGUGAUAUGGGGGUGUCGACGUACGUCGGGGCGCUGGUGGCUACUUCAGUGCUCCUUGAGGAGGAGGCGACGGUAUUCAUGGCGACCGGGUAUCCAUUGCCCUGGCUUGAGUUAGGCCCACAGGCGGUUGGCUUUCCUCCGGGGAGGUCGCGGUCUUUAGGGGUGGUCGUAGGGAAGAAAAAGGAUGGAGACUACUUUGAUGCUAGUGGCAAAUACGGUAGUGCGAAACGGAUGAAGAUUUUAAAUUGGCUGGGGAUCCCGCCUGGCCAAGACGAUGGGAAACUCCCGAGGAGCGUCGAAGGAUUCAGGAACAGCGCUACGUAUAUACUGGAGUCUCAGCUCACGAAGUUUGAUAUCCUAACCGAUACAGCACGGCCUGUCGGACUGUUCUCUGGCAAGGAUCCAUUCUAUCUCCGAAAAGACAUUCUACGUUUGAAGUCAGAGUCCCAGUGGGAGAGGCGGGGAAUGGUCGUGAAGGAAGGGACGGAGGAUUGUAGACGUGUCAUCAGCAUCAAAGGGAAGCCUGUGAGGCUGUACUCGGCGGAUCAGACUGUUGAAGCUCCGAAAAGAAGCGUUGGUCUUGACGGUGAAAUACCAGUGAAUAGGUUUGGUUUUGUUGAUCUGACGGAUGGUCGUGAGCCUCCUGAGGGCUCAGAAUGUGUAGAGGGGGACAACCUACGACGACUCGUACGGAAGUGUAAGGAGCUUGGGAUCGAGCAUUGGGCUCCGGCCCAUGUCGGGUGGAUGGCCCAAAGGCCUCAGAUAGGCGGCGUGGUUGUCGCCAUUUCUGAUGCUACUACACUGAGGAAGGCUAUGGAGGAGGAGAAUCGUGAUAGGAAAGUUGCCGAGCGCUCUAAGGAGGAACAAUUAGCAAAACUUGCUUGGCGAACGGUCGGGCCGAGGGCCCAUGUCCGGGCCCGACGAGGACGACCGAUCUUAGCUGGUCUCAGUUGGCUAAAACAACUUUCUGCUUAA